AUGGAAAUGUUCCUUGUUUGCAAUGGUGGCAGUAUACACUGUUGGGUUACAUUGCGGUGUUUGUAUUACCAUUCACCCUGGUACUCUACCGGGGUUCUUCACAGCUUUACACAUGUUAAAGCAAGAGAGUUUCUCGCAGCCUGUGUGUUUCCAUUGCCUUUUCUCAUCUAUUUGCUUUACCGGAGCAUUCGGGAUAGAGGAGCAGAAAACGAGUUGGGGAGUAAUCAGGAAGUCGACAAACAUGUUUCAAAAAUACUCUAUGGCCCAUUUCGCCCUCCAAACAGUGCCAACAAAGGAACCCUCUACUGGGAAAGUGUUCUGAUAGGCCGAAGGUUGAUUCUUGUUGCACUCCAUACCUUUAUUACAGAUGCAAUGUUGCGGGGGAUUUGCAUGACAAGUGCAUGCUUCAUGAUGACAAUUCACCAUCUGUUGAAGAACCCUUACAAAGUCCCAUUGGCUAAUAAAGGAGAAACAUUGUCGCUAACUGUUUUGACAGUCAUUACAGCAAUCAAUCUGCCAAAAGCAACCCUCUUCUCGUUUGGGAUAGAAAAGAGUACCGAUUCGUUGGAAACGAUGAAGUGGAUCAAGGUAGACGCCUUAGCCUUUAUCCCAGCGAUGGUGUGUCUCCUGGUAAUUAUCGCGUUGCUGUCCCAGCUAACUAGACUUGGAGUGGUUUUAUUCAAGUAUAUUCGCCGUUUGUGUCAGUAUCGUGCCUCUAAUUUGACGGUAGACGAAAGCAGGCCACUUCUGGUUACAAGCGAUUAA